AUCACAACAAAUGACUGCUUGCGCUCUUCAAUAUUAUUCCUUCGCUCCUCUUCUCACGAUAGCAAUUCGGUUCCCAUCAAAUUUGUCUUUUUUCAAAUGCGCUAGUUCAUGAAUGCGCUAGCAUCACGUCGCAACCCCUCCUUCUCAACUCGGGUGAUGUCGCAAAUGAAACGCCAGUCCAACAUACUGGGUCUUCUGCGAGAUUCUGAUACUGAUGAAAUAUCGGAUUCUCUCAUGAGCUUCGACUUGGUUCCCGCUGCCACUCAACCAAAAAUGCCUACGCCCAAGAAGAUGCGCGGGAGACCUGCAGCGAACAAGGUGACGAAGCCGGCGCAAGCUCCAUCUGGUCGUACGAGUAAGAGGGCAACCGCAAUCGCGGAAACUGCUGCGCGAGAAGCCUUGUUAGAGAAAAGCACAAACCAUAUCGCCCAGAGGACUACGAGAGGCAAAUCCGCACAAGGAGACAUAUCCGUCCACGCUUCAGUGUGCGACACCACGAUUACGGAGAACAAGCCUAUGCUUGGUCGGCCAAGAGGUCGUCCCCCAAAGGUAAAGAAUGCCUCCACCUUGAAAAUGGAUUCAAGCCUGGCAAAAGAUCCGUUGGCGCUUGCGCGAGGCCCCAUGGCCGUUAUGGAUGCGCCGCUUCCUCAGCUGGCAGAGAUACCUGAGACGCAACAUAUGGCCACCAUGGCUGUUGAUGAUGUUGGAAACAAAGCGGAGGAGAAGAUCGAGAGCCCAUUGAUGGACCAGUCUCCCGAACAACCUCCACUGUCCCCGGCGCGAUAUUCCUUGAGGGCCCUCUCUUUGAGCCCUCGCAAGCAGUAUCCCUCUUCUCCCAGUCGCGAGGCAAGCUCCGCACAACUGCGACGCUGCAUAGGCGAUCUCAACAACAAAUGUGACAGUUUGGAGACCAAGUACCGCGAUCUUCGGGAGCUUGCCGUCAAGGAAGCGGAGCGCAAUUUCGAUCGUCUACAAAAGCAGAGCGAGGAGCGCGCAAGAGUCGCUAGUGCUCUCAUAUCCAGUUUGCAAGCGGACCUUGAAAUACAACGAGGGCUUGCGAGAGAGGGUCGGAUUCAUAAGACCCGCCUGGACCAGUCAGAGGAAAGAGUAGUAGAGUUGAGCGCCUCGCUGGCCGAAGCUCGGAAAGAAAUCAAGAAUCUGUCUGCAAAAUUAUCCGCAAGCAGGGCGGUUGAUGCAUCGACUGCCAGAGUUCCGGGCGGUGGCACAAAGGGCAACCACUCUUCAGCUGCGCUUGUCGUUGGUCCAGAUCUUGUUCAAGCAGCACAAAUGAAAGACGACCUUUAUGCUGACUUGACGGGCCUCAUUGUGAGGAACGUCCGACGCGAGCCGAUCGAGGAUGUCUUUGACUGUCUUCAGACUGGAAGGAACGGCACUCUUCAUUUCAAGUUAUGUGUCCAAAACGAGGUCGCCAGCGAAAGCUAUGAGGAAGCACAAUUCACGUACAUGCCUCAACUUGACGAGAGCCGCGAUCGAGAGCUUAUCGAUCUCCUUCCCGAGUUCCUGACGGAUGAGAUUACCUUUCCCCGCCCUCAAGCAGCAAAGUUCUACUCUCGAGUCUCUAAAUCAUUAAUGGAACCUCCCGAGUAGGGUGCUGGCAGUCAAAAUCGAUAGAAUAGUGAGGGAGGAAUAGGGUGACUGGAAGAAGUUGGUUGACAUCGGAGUCUGGUUGAUACCCCUUAAGAAUUAUCUUUCUGUACCUUAGUCUACCACGUUGCGUGUGGUGCCUUUUAUAUGAAUGAAUAUGGCCUUGGCCAAAGGCCAUACCUUACGC